CAAGCAGGCAGAAUGUCAGCUUGAAUUGGCAUUAAAGAGUUAAUCACACCCACCCCUCCUUCCCUGCACUUCAAGGAGUUGGGGAGAGGAGUGGUGGUGGGGAGGCUGGUGAGAACACAUACUGUAAAAGCCUUCAUUGCAGACGGAGGGUUAAAAAUCAGCCAACCGAGAUUGAAGAGAGAGAGAGAUAGAGAGACAGACAGACAGAGAGAGAGAGCGCAUAGACCAAGAGAGCAGCUUUCCCUAUUCUUUCUCCCUGUGUCGACAUGGCUGACAGUCUCUUGAGGAGAUUAUCCUUGGAAGAGGGCUCUUUAAAUUCGUCAGAGGGCUCCGAGCUGAAGCUGAGCGGAGAAGCAAUGCAACAAGUCAUGGAUACCCUGAGUGAUACCACAAACUCCACGGGAGCCAAUGACCUGGACCUCAUCUUCCUCAAGGGGAUCAUGGAGAGCCCAAUAGUAAGAUCUCUGACGAAGGCCCAUGAGAAGCUGGAGGAGACGAAGCUGGAAGCAGCGGUGCGAGACAACAACCUGGAGCUGGUCCAGGAGAUCCUGCAGGACAUCUCCCCACUGGUGGAGAGGAACACCUCUGCCUCGGAGCUGGCACGCAUCCUGAAGGAACCACACUUCCAGUCUCUCUUGGAAACUCACGACUCUGUGGCUUCUAAAAACUUCGAGACCCCGCCCCCCAGCCCUUGUGCUUUCUUGGACACAGCCCUGAACAACCAGCCCGUCCCCCCCGACGCUGUGCGCAUGGUGGGCAUUCGCAAAGUUGCCGGGGAGCACCUGGGCGUGACCUUCCGCGUGGAGAGCAGCGAGCUGGUGAUCGCCCGCAUCCUGCACGGAGGAAUGAUCGACCAGCAGGCCCUGCUGCAUGUGGGUGACAUCAUCAAGGAGGUGAACGGGAAGGAGGUGGGCAACGACCCCAAGGUGCUGCAGGAGAUGCUGAAGGAGGCCAGUGGCAGCGUGGUGCUCAAGAUCCUGCCCAGCUACCAGGAGCCUCACCCCCCGCGCCAGGUGUUUGUGAAGUGCCACUUCGACUAUGACCCUGCCCAUGACAGCCUGAUCCCAUGUAAGGAGGCGGGGCUAAAGUUCAACAGCGGAGAUAUCCUGCAGAUUGUCAACCAGGAGGACCUCAACUGGUGGCAGGCGUGCCAUGUUGAAGGAGGGAGUGCCGGCCUCAUCCCCAGCCAGCUCCUGGAAGAAAAGAGAAAGGCAUUUGUGAAACGAGACCUUGAGCUGGCAGCUACGGCAGGUGCGCUGUGUGGAGGAAUUAGCGGCAAAAGGAAGAAGAAAAUGAUGUACCUCACAACUAAGAAUGCAGAGUUCGACCGCCAUGAGCUGCUGAUCUAUGAAGAGGUGGCCAAGAUGCCACCAUUCCGCCGGAAAACAGUGGUCCUGAUCGGAGCUCAGGGAGUGGGCCGUCGCAGCAUGAAGAACAAGCUGAUGGUGUCGGACCCGGCUCGAUAUGGGACCACCAUCCCCUACACGUCUCGGAGGGCCAAGGAUGACGAGACGGACGGGCAGAUGUACUCGUUCGCCUCGCGCAGUGAGAUGGAGCAGGACAUCAAGAACGGCCGUUACCUCGAGCACGGAGAGUACGACGGGAAUCUCUACGGCACCAAGAUCGACUCCAUCCACGAGGUGAUCGAAGCAGGCAAGAUCUGCACCCUGGACGUCAACCCCCAGGCUCUGAAAGUGCUCCGAACAUCCGAGUUCCUGCCCUACGUGGUUUUCAUUCAGGCUCCAGAUUUUGAAGUUCUCCGCACUAUGAACAAGGCAGCCAUUGAAGCCGGCGUGGUGACCAAGCAACUUACGGAAGCCGAGCUGAAGAGGACCAUAGACGAGAGUGGCAGAGUCCAGCGAGCCUAUAGCCACUACUUCGACCUGACCAUCGUCAACGACAACCUAGAGAGCUCCUUUCGUAGCCUGCAGGGGGCGCUGGAGCGGCUCAACACAGAGCCUCAGUGGGUCCCUGUCAGCUGGGUGUUCUAAGGCAGCCCAGGGGGUGGGGGUGGGGGGUGUGGGUGGGGGUAGGGCUGGCUGGGGGAGAGGCUGGUUCAGGCCAAGGUCAUAAGAACUUACUCCUGAUUGGCUGAGCUAAUGCAGCAUGAUAAAACGUUCUACGCAAGACCUACUAGCAUAGAACAAGAUAAUUGAUAUAGUUUAGCAUAGAGCACAGUGACAGCGUCCAUGUUCUUCCUUAUAUUGUAUUUACUGUAAAUACGAGAGGUCAUGUUUACAUGUUGAUUCUAGUCUGAACUCGUCAUUCCGGUAACUACUGGAAGCAAUGUCACAAGCGGCACAAUACCAGUUCACUUGAAUGCAUUUCUCCUGUGCAUAGAAAACACCUUAUGCAGAUUGAGUAUGGAAGGCAAUGUGGCUGGCAUUGAAUCUUCUAAUUAUAGCACCAAAUAAAACAAAAAGAAAAAUAAUAAAGAUCAAAUAAUUGUGUUCUGAUAUAAAAAUUAAAAUUGGUAGGACAGCGGUACAAUAUUGAAAAUACGUCAUUUUAAAUGCUAAUUUUAGACAAGCCACUGUGCCUAUAACAAAACAAUGUAUUAGGUCAAUGCACCUAUUGUCCUAAAAAUGCCUUUGACAGUCAGUGAUAAAAAUUUGCCAUGUGGAACCAUUGCACCACCUGUACCUGUAGAAUUGCAUCACUGCCAUGCCAAAAUCAAUAAGAAAACACUGCCCCCUGGUGGUCGGAGACUGAAUAUCCCCCCACCCACCUCCCCAGCCGCUUUUCGCUAAUUUUUUUACAAAUUCCUUUUUAAAACUUUGUUUUUAUUGUAUUUUUAACUUUGUAAAAAAAAAAAAAAAAAAGAAAAAAAAGAGUUCUCUAUAUCUGUAUCUUGUAAAAGACGUACCAGAGUUAAAAAAGGGAGUGUGGGUUUGUGUGGGUGUGGGUGUGGGGGUGUUUUUUGUAAUUUAUUUUUUGAGUGGAUUACUCUGCAAACGGUACAUAUCCGGAACAAGGCCAAACCAUGGAAAUCAAGUAAUGCCUUUGUGUCAGAGAUUUGAAUGGAUGUUUCCUUGAUGUAUGUGGCUCAGUUAAAGUUAAGAGGUACAUUCUUAAAGGAUGCAAGAUAGUAGAAUUAUAUAUUAUCUAUUCUAGAUUACCUAUUCUAUAUUAUUAUAUUCUAGCAACUUUUGUCAUAUACAUUUCUCAAACACUCGUCACAUUUUGAGCGACCAUCAGCCAAGAGUACUUGGAGACCUCUGUACAGUUUUAAGUGUUUUUUUUUGGUUUACAUAUUUCAAACUAGAACUUUGUUUUAAUAUUACACAUACCAACUGAAAAAAGGCAUCCAUCCCUCUCUUCAUAUUUCUGAGGUUUAACACAUUACAUAUAUCAUACAUAUAGAGAGAGAGAGAGAGAGAGAGAGAGAGAGAGAGAGAGAUUACAAGAUUACAUUCUCACCUGAUUUGAUAGGCUCAAAACCAUGUUAAGAUAGAUUUAAAGAAAAAAGGUGAGAACUCAGUAUUCUAUCAACAGAACCCAGAGCCCCUCUGAACAACAACAAACUGCGUAAAACAGAGUACUAAGGAAAAUGUAAGAUUUUUGUAUUUGAUUAUUUCUAUAUAUCUAAAUGUAAUCCAUUUCUGUUUAUGGUUCUCGCUCUGAGAAGCUUUUGAUAUGGUUUGUGUUAAUAUGGGUACGUUGAGCAGUGUGUGUGCGUGUGUGCCUACAGUAUCAAAUGAUACGGUAAUUAAACUGUAACAAUGCGGUUUUCUGAGGUAAGCCAACUUUGGCAGUGCUUCAGAACACAGCCUGAUUAAGUUCAUUAAUAAUUAAUUAAUUUAUAAAUUAUGAGUAGGAUGAUGAUUAAAACCUUGGAACUGCAUGGGGUAUAAACAGAGUGUUAUUAAAAAACACACACACUGAACCCAAGUGUGAGUUCAAACAAAAAAUACAGUACAGAUAUAUGACCCACAAUGACAUUUGAAACUAAACAACCCUUUAACUGUGACUUGCAAAUACUAAAGCCUAUAUUUUCCACUGUGGGAAAACUGCAAACAAAUUGCUCGCUCCAUAGGAAAUGUAUGACGUUGGCAAUUAGCUGACAGUAGACCUACCAUGAAAGAGGUUGAACAUUUUUUUAUAUGUGGUUGAACAAGGCUGAGGUUUUUAACAACCAGCAAUAGACCUUUCAAUGCACCUGGCAGGUCGUUUUGCAGAUGUCUUCUUUAGUUUCAAAGGUAAAAACCUGCAUGCCUACCACCUUGUGCUGGAUCUUUGUUUCAAACAGUGAGAAUUCAGUGUUUCGGAGGCGGGGUUGUGGAAGCUGAUAGUUAUUAAAAAUGGUUAGUGGGUGCAAAGAUGUUUUUUUUGUGUGUGUCAUUCCAGUUUGUGAAAACCGUGCAUAUUGAAAAAUUAACUUGAUGGCAGCUAUGACCGCCACUUAGGAAAGAAAACAAUAUAUAUGUAUAUGACGUUUUUUAUAUAAGUAUUUCAAACAUUUUCUUUCUUUUUUCCAUUUGUUCUCUAUAAAAAGGAUUAGACUAGACUCAGAUACUGUAGUGGUGCUCUAUCUGUGUAUAUUUGAUGAUGUUAAACAAAAAUAUAUAAUAAAAAUGUACAAAUGAUAA